GAACCCGGUGUUUGCCCCGAAUGCCCCAGGGUUCGGUCCCAUUUUCCCUUGAACUUAGCCAGCGACCCAACUUCAGACAAAGAACUGCACAGGAAGAGCGACGUCCCAAAGCAUCAAUUCCUAGUGUUGACAAUGUUGCGCCGACCGCGUACAGUAUAACCCAUCGUACGCUCCGUCAUAUGCCAACAGGCACAGAUACAUACUUAAAGUGACACCCACACACACACACAUUCACAGUCGUCCGAGGAUGCCCUGCGUCACAUAUUCUUCACUGGCCACUUUACCAUGGAUCAAAACCUGGAUGUUGUUCUUCGCGAUUUUGACGCAAACAUCUUGCCGAGCGGCAUCAUGGAUUGGGAACUGUUCCACAGCCGCCCAAAGAUGGUUAUUUUCUUAAACGGAAAUGGGGCGGUUUUUCGUUCCGGCGAGACCGUGCCCCGGCUCUUUGUCUCCAGGUGCAGAAGUCCCCGAAUCAGGGACAUACUCCUUUGUCCAGUGGGUUGGAACACCCUUUCAGCUCGUGUUCGCCAUCCAACUAUCUCCACUCCUUCAAGGACAGAGCACUACCGAACGCGUGUUCGUGCCCGACUUAUCUCAGGCCUUCCAGUCAUCAGAGGUGAUUGUAGUCGAUUCAAAGCAGCGCACAUUUUCCCACCAAGUAGCGUCACAGAUCCUGCCCCUCUCGCGGAGGCUGGAGGAUCAACAAAGAUCGGCUCGAUUCAGAAUGUGCUGUUGCUGCGCAGCGAAUUGCAUGAUGCAUGGGACGUGCCAAUCUUAUGUCUGUUCUCACUGCGAGUCGCAACAGCGAGGCCAUGUCAUCUCCUUCGUUUCUGGCCACGAGGAAAGGUCCUCAAAUUGGGCUGCAUCGGGAACCGGGAUUUGUGUCCCCUCGCCAAUGACCUCUUACGUGACCACUUUCUCCAAGGCGUCCUGAAGAAUAUGAAAGGUACUAGCGAGCCCACUUGUGACCAUGAGGAUCCCUUUGGGGUGGCAUGAUGGAUCUAUCAAGAGUCUGCGGUCAGAUGAU